UUUCACCGCUUGAAAACAGAGUGAGGCGUGGGGCCGCCCGGGUAAAUAUAGACACACGGAGCGGCUCGGCGUCUUAAAAAGGACCAGCUGGGUGUCGACAAAACUUGGGGAAAAGCAAGGCACGCGCCGCGAGUCGAUACUAAGGUGCGCGGAGACCAGCCAGCAUGUCCACGAAGGCGCCAGCGAUCGGCAUUGACCUCGGCACCACGUACUCCUGCGUGGGUGUCUUCCAGCAUGGCCGAGUUGAAAUCAUAGCCAACGACCAAGGAAACCGCACGACGCCCAGCUACGUGGCCUUCACGGACACCGAGAGGCUAAUCGGGGACCCUGCCAAGGCGCAAGUGGCUCUCAAUCCUGAGAACACAGUGUUCGAUGCCAAACGGCUUAUUGGCAGGAAGUACGACGACCCCAAAAUUCAACAAGACAUCAAUCACUGGCCCUUCAAAAUCGUCAAUCAGGGAGGCAAGCCCAACAUAUGCGUGGAGUUUAAAGGCGAGAAAAAAGUUUUCAAUGCAGAAGAGAUCAGUGCCAUGGUGCUGACCAAGAUGAAAGAAACCGCAGAGGCCUACCUUGGGUGUCCGGUGAAAGACGCCGUUGUCACUGUACCGGCUUACUUCAACGACUCUCAGAGGCAAGCCACGAAGGAUGCUGGUGCUAUUGCCGGCUUGAACGUCUUGAGGAUUAUCAACGAACCCACUGCGGCUGCCCUUGCUUAUGGACUGGACAAAAACCUAAAAGGUGAGAAGAACAUUCUCAUUUUUGACCUCGGAGGAGGAACUUUCGACGUGUCCAUUUUAACAAUAGACGAAGGAUCCAUGUUCGAAGUACGGUCAACAGCGGGGGACACUCACCUCGGAGGUGAAGACUUUGACAAUCGCCUUGUCAAUUACUUUGUCGAGGAGUUUAAGCGAAAGCAUAAGCGUGACCUCAAGACAAAUGCGCGCGCCAUUCGACGACUGAGAACGGCGUGCGAACGCGCGAAACGGACCUUGUCAAGUAGCAGUGAAGCAAGCAUUGAGAUCGACGCGUUAUUUGAAGGAAUUGAUUUCUAUAGCAAAAUAACAAGAGCUAGAUUCGAGGAAAUGUGCAUGGACCUUUUCCGAAGUACUCUGGAGCCCGUAGAGAAAGCGCUGCAAGACUCCAAACUCAGCAAGUCCCAGAUACAUGACAUCGUGCUGGUUGGUGGCUCGACGCGUAUUCCUCGAAUCCAGAAGCUUCUGAAAGAUUUUUUCAAUGGAAAGGACCUCGCCAUGUCGAUCAAUCCUGACGAAGCCGUGGCUUAUGGAGCUGCCAUACAGGCCGCUAUUCUGACAGGAGACACCAGCGAGAUUAUCAGGGACGUUCUGCUCGUGGAUGUAGCGCCGCUUUCGCUGGGCAUUGAAACUGCCGGUGGAGUCAUGGCUAAGAUCGUGGAGCGCAACAGCCGUAUUCCUUGCAAGACGUCCAAGACCUUCACGACAUACGCUGACAACCAGACUGGAGUCACCAUUCAAGUUUUCGAGGGUGAAAGAGCCAUGACAAAGGACAAUCACCUACUGGGCACCUUCGACCUCAUGGGCAUCCCUCCGGCUCCAAGGGGCGUUCCCCAGAUCCAGGUGACCUUUGACUUGGACGCCAACGGAAUUCUCCAGGUGUCGGCUAAAGACGAGAGCACGGGCCGCUCCGAGAGCAUUCGAAUCACCAACGACAAAGGCCGACUGUCCAAGGACGAGAUCGACCGCAUGCUCGCCGACGCCGAGAAAUACCGCCAGGAAGACGAAAAGCAGCGCGAGAGGGUGGCCGCCCGCAAUAACCUCGAGUCGUACGUGUACAACGUCAAGCAGUCGGUAGAAAUGGUCGGUCCGGAGAAGCUCGACGCGGCUGACAAGCAAAAGGUUCUGAGCAAGUGCGAGGAGGUCAUCAACUGGAUUGACAGGAACACUCUGGCCGAGAAGGACGAAUACGACGACAAGAUGAAGGAUAUGCAGCAGGUGUGCACGCCUAUCAUGACCAAACUGCACCAGGGAGGUGGCCAGGCGCCUCCCAACCAGGGCGGUGCUGCCGGCCCGAAGAUCGACGAGGUGGACUGAGUGGCGAUGCUUGUACUCGUUUCGCUUCGCCGCCGAUACUUGUCUUAUCAUCUUGCUUGUUCUUAGUUUGUGGGAGGAGAACCCCAGCCACUUCUCACAUGCGACUCACGAACGAAUCGUCUCCUGUGGAGUGCUGUCUGCCCACGAAAGCAGUGUUAUGCAUGUUAUACCUUGCUUUCGGGAGGUCGGAGGAGCCAUAUUGCUCGCGAGCAUCAUUAAACGUGAAUUCUGUCGCGAGCAUGUUAAAACACGCAUUCAUGAAUUUGUGAAGGAUGAGGUUAAACUGCUGAAACAUUGCGCACAUUGCAUUGGACCUGGCUGCCAAGAUUGUGUCUAAAUAUCUAUGGACUUUGGGUAAAACUUCGGUUCCAUACAAACUCGCAUCUUCUGUAAUUUUUCUAUUAAAACGAAGAAAAGGAUCA